CGUCGUCCGGUGCAAGUAAUUGGUUCCUUUGUCGAUACUAUGUGAACGUUUGUUUAGUGAUGUUUUGUAGUUUACGGAAACGCGAUCUUCGUUUGGAACGACCCGUCUAGUGUGUAUUGUUCGAUAGCUGCGGGAGAGCAUAUUUUUACUACUUACGAGAGAUUUCGAUGUCACGAAAGUAGAAAAGAAAAACAAUACCACCAACUAACUGUUGAAAAAUAAGGUGGAAAUAGAGGAACAGAUUUCCCGGCCACAGAGAUUGGAACGGCAGUGAACACACGGGUGAAGUGUAAAACUAUUUGUGCUUUUAUCGGCUCGUCCAUCAUACACAAAGCGGGCAUAUGCUCUCACUCCCUCUCUUUCGGUUCAGCCUCCCAUAGCCUUCUAUGUAUCUGUCACGAAUUCGAUCGAUUUUGACUUAUCGACCAGAGAUAGGUUGCUUAGCAUAUAGUUUAAUCAGCAGUAGCGCGUUGAUUGUUGAAUGAUGUGGUCGGUAACCACAAACGUCAGCGAGUGAUUUUUUUCAACUUCUAUAUUCACUCCUGGUGACCAUCAUCGCACAUCACCCAUCUAUGUACCUAACUCUAAACACAACGCAUAAGCAUUGCCAACGACUCUAUUCUAAUAAUGUUAAUAAUGGCGAUUUAGUGUGCAGUGGAUCGUCGAACCGUUAUGUGUUUUGCACGCUUAUUCGGAAGUGAUUGAGGAUGUGAGCUGGCGAUAAAACACACUGUGUACAGAUUUUGCUGGGUACCGGUGCUAUGGUUUCGGAAAAUAAGUGAUUAGAGAAUAAUCCAAGGAAAAAUAACAGCUUUCAAUCAGUGGGAAAAAAGCUAUCAUGUUAAGGAAUAAGUUUUUGACAGCAAUAAAUAUGUCAAAAGAGUGUUAGAAGUUCAAUCAAUAAAAGUGCAUCGAGGCAACACUGUGCCGGACAUUGUGAGCAGAAAUGAUUCAGGUCGACUCUGUUGGAUACUCAAAAGUUAAGGAUGAUCCAAAUGAUGACGAAGAUAUGAAAGAGCCAUCGGUGAAACUGCUUACGAAAAUGUCGGAAGAAUUCGCCGAGAAGGAUUGUGACAAGCGGGAAAAGUUGAACGAUCACCAUCAUCAUCUUGUGACGCGACAUCAAGAGCAUAAUCGUGAUGAGAUUGUGCAUAACGAGGAUAAUUUAAGUGAUGAAGAUAACAAUGAUGAGGAGGGAGGUCGAUCCGAGGAUGCCGACAAGAAGGUUGAUUUUCAUCACGACCGCAGUUCUACGCCCGGCCACGGAUCGGCCACUGAUGAACCGUCGGCACCAAGAUCGACGGCUGCGGCUGCGGUUGCAAUUGCUGCGGCCGCUGCUGCAGCUGCUGCCAAGAGUCCAAUUGGUGUGCAAUCAACAUUGCCAAAUGAUUUUAACCCGGCAGCAUUCUUCCCACCACCGGGACAAAUGUCCAUACAGGCCUUCCAGAAUGCAAUUGCUCAAUUCACUGCAAAUGCGUUGGCGAACAAUAUGGAUAAUGAAGCCAUGGUGAAGAACCUGGCUAUAUUACAAUCGGCCUUGUUCACUCUACAGCAGCAACAGUUCUUGCAGUUCCAGUUGAUACAACAUUUACAGUCACAGUUAGUGAGAAAACAGACGACUAAGGAAGAGUCACUUAGUGAUUCCAGUAAUCACUCGUUAUUCAACCAUCAUAAUAAUAAUAACAAUAAUAACAACAAUAAUGAGCAGAGUAAAAGAGCUGAACCGCAGGAUUUGAGGAAGCCUGAACGGCAAGAGGAAGAGGACGAUAUAGAAGAGGAAGGCAUUGAGGAUGCGUAUAGUAAGAGUUAUCAAAUGGCAGCAGUCGCAGCAGCAGCGGCUGCAGCUGCGGCCAACGCAGAAAAUCGUCCAAUCAUCCAUCCCGUUCCAGAGGAAGAACUGAGGAAACCUAAACUUGCCGAUUCAUUCGUCGACAAACGACCGAUGUUAGACAGUUCAGUCACGCUACCAUCUUCGGUGGCGGUUAGUAGUGCGAAUUCGAGCCAUACCACACCUUCGAUAUCAUCCACCGCUCGAAGCGGAACGUCUGAUAAGGAUGAAAUUUUACCAUAUCAGGACUCGAACUUUUCAUCCCUGGCAGCAAAUAUCAUUACCGAUCAUGCCCCUUUAAUGAUGGGUGAACCAAAUUCGUUAGCAAUGUUGGAGAAAAAAGCACAAGAAGUCCUAAACUCAGCCUCUCAAGGCAUUCUAUCCAACAAUUUACUGGAUGAGCUUGCGUUUGCUAAUGAUAAAUCAUCGCCCAAUGGUCGAAGUGAUGCUGCCCUAUUCAAGCACCGUUGUCGGUAUUGUGGCAAAAUUUUCGGAUCCGACUCUUCGUUACAGAUCCACAUACGAUCACAUACCGGAGAAAGACCUUACAAGUGCAAUAUUUGCGGGAGUCGAUUUACCACUAAAGGCAAUCUGAAGGUACAUUUUCAGCGACAUUCGGACAAAUAUCCUCACAUACCAAUGAAUCCAAAUCCAGUGCCUGAGCAUUUGGACAAAUAUUUCCCUCCACUGAUUCCGCAAGAAGCUCUUAAAGAGCAACAGCAGCAGCAACAACAACACCAAUCGCAACCUGCCCCUGGUUCAAUAGCCCCUCCCGGUCCACCUCCACCACAAUUUUCUCCUCUAGACUCGAGGCCAUUUCCACCAAGAGGCUUCUUCUCGGAUUUCUACAUGCCUAGGCCUCCCCUAGAAAUGUUCAACAAUGCUAUUAGUGAACCAUCGCGAAAUCCUGUAGAUUUAUCUCAGGUGCGAAAACCGGAUCCACCAAGAGAACCUACGCCAGAGAUGCGAUUAUCACCCGAAGUAGUGAUUCAUGAAUCACCUCACUGCAUUAAACAGGAACCGAUGGAGGAAUCCUUGGAUCUGUCGGAAAAAUCUUCGAAAACUGUACCGAAGGCCGCCGACAAGGAAGAAGCCGAGCAGGAAAAAGAACUGAAUAAUAGCACUACCAGUGAGAAAGAUUUUCCUCUCAAAUUGAAAAAUAAUUCUGUUGAAAAUCUAGCGACGGUACCAUCUGUUUCACCUCCAUCAAGUUCGUCAUCCGGAUCGCUCUACCAAGAUACGGUACUAGAUCCAUCAUUUUACUCAGCUCAUUUACCGAGGCCAGACAGUAAUGACAGUUCGUGGGAAAACUUCAUUGAAAUAUCCUCGGAAACCUCAAAACUCCAGGAAUUGGUAGAUAAUUUAGAUAACAAAAAUACUGAACCAAAUCAGUGUUUGGUCUGCAAAAAAGUUUUAUCCUGCCGAAGUGCACUUCAAAUGCAUUACCGGGUUCAUACCGGAGAGCGUCCGUUCCGUUGUAAAAUUUGCGGUCGGUCAUUCACAACCAAAGGUAAUCUUAAGACCCACAUGAGUGUACACAGGAUAAAACCCCCGAUGCGAACGCUCCAUCAGUGUCCGGUGUGUCAUCAGAAAUUUUCCAACAUAUUCGUCCUUCAGCAGCACAUCCGUCUGCACACCGGUGAAAUGACCGACUUGACACCCGAUCAAAUCAAAGCGGCGGAAAUAAAAGAGUUUGAAGGACAUGAUAUGCGCCUUAAUCCUUUCGGAUUGCGGUUAGGCGAGUUCCCUCAUCAGAAUCAAAACAAAAGAAUGCUGGAACAUUCGGACGAGGAAAAUGAUCAGGAAACUAGUGAAGGAAAAUCGUCCCCCAAGGUGCCGACGAUGGACGAUAAAUCGAAAGUUAAAUCGGGCCUGACAUCGCCAGCCAUCGAGAGCCAGGUAGAGGACUUACGUGCAAUGAAUCUGCAGCGCCUAUCAGUGCGGUCAUUACCGAGUGAGGAUUUCUCUCGCGAUUCGGCCUCUGCAAGUCCAAACUCAUCAGAGGCUAAACGAUUGCGGCCAUCGAGCCCCAUCGGAUCGGUUUCGUCGAUGUUAUCGAACAGAUCACCCAUGUCCACGCCACCCACAACAGGAAACGAACAGCUAGGCGUUCUGGGUAGAGCGGCCGCUGCUAGUGCUGCAGCUGUCGCAUUUCCCUAUGGACCUCCCUUUCUUGGAAUGCCACAGUUUCCACCGUUCAUCAAUCGACCUCCAUUUCUUGGAAGUGUUCCUAUCGUGCCUCCUGGUUCCAAUAUGCCGCCGUUCGGAUUGUUUGGCGUACGUGGAAACACAACAACUUGUAAUAUUUGCUUUAAAACUUUUGCUUGUAAUUCCGCGCUUGAAAUUCAUUACCGAAGCCAUACGAAGGAGCGCCCAUUCAAAUGUACAAUCUGCGAUCGAGGAUUUUCUACAAAGGGAAAUAUGAAACAGCACAUGCUCACUCACAAGAUCCGUGAUAUGUUUGGCAACUCUGUCGGUAACUCAGGGGAUGAAUCACGUACGCAAACUCCGCCGCAAGAUUCGAACGUCUCAGGAAAUAGUUCCGGUGGUGCGAUUAACAAUAGCCGCUUCGGAUUAUCACAUUCUCCAGCAUCGAUGAUGGAUACGGCAGACGAUUACUCACCUUAUUCAGGCGAACAAACCCGUGAACGGUCCUUAUCCGGCAGCUACGAUGGUCCUCCGACUGCCUUGGUGAAACAAGAGAAAGAACACUCUAUCGACGAUAAUAGUUCCAACGGCUUACAUUUGAGAACAACCGAGAACACUUCAAAUAAUAACUAUCAACAAUUCACAAACAAAGAUGUGGACAUCAAAAAUUGGUGCCAAAAGCUGAAAGAGAUGCCGGAGAAUAUAGCUGCAAGUUGAUAAUCUUUCGCUAGGAAUGCUUCGGUUGCCGAAAAGAUAGAUUUUUGAGUGUUAAGGGAAUUUAUUAAGAAGCAUGGCAAAACAAAGAUUGAAUCCGCAAUAAAUAAUCAAAUGUGCGAUCUCAGUAACAAUCCCACUCUUCGUUCUUUUGAUGAAGGUAACCCGAAUUUGUAUUGUAAAACGACAAUGGAAAAUUUAUUUUGUAAAAAUUGUAACAUAUCAACCGAAAUUUAAGAUGUAGAUGAGUUGAACAUUCAGAAUGCAACGAAAGAAUCCCAUCUUUUCGUUAAGAGAAGAGAAAGUUCAAUGUAGAGGAGGGUUUGGAAAACCUACAGGAGAUCUAUGCUGCUCUUAUUCGUAUAACAUAAGCUUGCCAGAUUGCCCGGUUUUAUCCGGGUUUGCCCGGAUAUUUGAUGCAAAAUUUCGAGAAAGUCCGGUCCGGCCCGGUUGCCCGGAUAUUGUGAAAAAAGUCCGGAUAUUGCCCGGAUUUUUUAACAAUUUUAAUAAAGAAACCAAAAAAAAAACAAAGUUUUUGAGUACGUUUCAGUAAAAUCGAUUAUCGGUAUGGACAUUUUCAACGGUUGUUUCAAAUAAUUUCGCUGAUUUACUUCUAUAAACCUUUAAAUAUUUAAGUAAUCCAAAAAGUUGUUGGAAGUCUGCCAUUACAAUAAUAAAAUAUUAAUUUCGUUUUUUUUUGCAUUUUUUCUUUGCUUUUAUAUAUAAUAACACCUAAAUUUUGCCCGGUUUUUGCCCGGUUUUUGGAUUUGAAAAAUUAAAAUCCAUGCCCGGAUUUUGCCAGGUUUUUUUGAAAAAAUGCCCGGAAUUGCUAGGCCCGGAUGGUAGUGAAAAAAAUUCUGGCAACCUUAGUAUAACAGUCCCAUAUUGAUAGGAAUUGCUAACAAUAUGGGACUGCUAUGCAAGUAGGGGCAAUGUACGAUCAAGGAUAUAAGACCUUUGUUGUUUUAUAAAUUGGUGUGAUAUACCUGACAAGAAAAUCAGUUGAACGGUAAGAUUAAUUAAACGCUAUAAACCAAUGAUGUAGCAUAACAUAAAUCCCACACAAGCUGAGACUGCAAACAAACAAAACCGAAAAUUAGUUUCUGUGAACCUAGUAUUUGACCCUCUAUCUGUUGUGGAGUAAAGUGCAAAAUAAUAACACGAAAGACCGACAGGUAAAGUACGCUUGGAGUUACUUUGCUUGUCACCAUUGGAUAUCUAUUUUAAACACUGCGAAAAAAACUAACUGUAAGCUAUUGUUUUGUAUAGACACAAAAAUAACCUAUAACUAAAAGUUGGGCCUAGGAGCUCCUUCAAAGUACUGUAUGUGAGUGUGUCGCUGUAUGUAUGUACCUAUGAAAAUACAUUUAAUAUUUCAUUAUGCUUUAUAAAAGUCUAAAUCAAAUCAUUAUUUAUAGUAGGUUAUACAAAACAUGAGCAACUAUUUGUAUUUGUAUAGCAAAUGAUGGAUACAAAUAAGGGAAGAGAUACAUGUAAAUUCAUUUUGAUGCAUAUGAUAUCUCGUGAAUGGGAUAAAAACGUUACAAAAUAAAACAAAUCAAAAUCAGACAGAUAGUUUAAAUUUAAUUGAAAUUAAAAGAAAGAAUAUAAAAGUAAACAUUUGCAUUAAGUUCCCUGUCAGCACUACUAGGUACUAUUGAUAGUUCCAUCCUUUAGUUCAUCUUUAUCAUACUCGAUUUUUGUAGUGAAGUAUACCAGGAAUCAUGUAAUUUAAAAACUUUUUUUGUGAUAAUUUAUGUUAUGGAAAAUUAUAUUAGGUAUUUAUGUUUAAUUUUUAUGCAACUGUUUUUAUUGGAAAUUCUGUAUGAAAUGACAAAACUGAAUGACAAAAUAAUAUACAACC